ACGCUGGUUCCCCAAGGGGACAGGCGCCAACAGGCGCCCCACGGCCAGCCUGACAUAGUCAGGCUUGGGAUGCCCCCAUGAAGCCUGCAAAUUCCAGGCGUGAGUCCAGCCACUCUCCCAGUGGCACAACAUCUCAAUCUCAGCUCUUGCAUGCUCCCUCAAGCUUCGAGUCAUGGGAGUUUCUCCCUCCUGCUGCUUCUCACAGGGUAUUUCCACUGAGCGCCACGCCAUCCAGUAAAUCUCUACAUACUGUUCAGAGAGAACAGGGUGCCAGCAGGUUACCACCAAAGAAGCCCGCACAGAGUCACAAGAAGUCAUCUCACCAGCUGUCUAAGAAGAUCAAGUUACAUGUAUCGGUCAAAAAACGCGCUGAGAGCCGGACCAAGGUCCCAGAAAGAAUCAGAGACAGCUUCCAGUCCUUUUUCUUCUCAACUACUGGAAUGUUGAAAGUCUUGAGGAUGUGUAUUGUUGCAGCAUCGGUGUUUUGUUUCGUCAUUGGUGGCGGCCAUGAGAUGUUUAUAGCAAUCACGAUUCAGGAAACCUGCAUCGUCCUAUUUUUUGUCAUAGUAUAUUUGGUAAACCUUCAUCACUUGCUGGUCUGUAUCCACUGGCCUUUGCUUGAUCUUAUCAACAGUUUAAUCUCAGCUGCAUUCCUUGGAGUAGUUGCCCUGAUAACAAUUCAAGAAAAACGAAGAAGGCAUUUGUGUUUUAUUGGAGGGCCUCCAAAAGUGCACUAG